AUGACAACGACAGACACCGCUAUUCCGUUAGAAGCAGAACCUGCUCUUCCAAAAGAACCAGCCGCAGAAACAUCUAAUCCUGGUGCUAAAGACAAAGGAGCGGGUGCAGUUUUAGCUAAAGCUGGAAGCUCACCUGCGUUUUUAGUUAUUAAUAUCGUGCUUUUAUCGAUUAUACCGAUUAUACAAAUAUAUAUUGGUUGGGAGUACGCCGAGGCGUGUCCAAUUAAUUACAAAAUUCCAAAAUAUCUCUUUAUUGCUGGUCUUGUUGGCAUUAUUUCUUCGAUACUAAGCCAACUUCGAAAUUAUCUGUCAGGAAGAUCAUCAACGAAAUCAUCCGGAGAAGUGUCUACUCGUAAAGCUGGUAUUACUGCAGCAACUGCUACAAAUAGUAUAAUAGCUACACUUAUCACUGUGAUUACGUGCUGUCUCAAUAUCUUCCUGUUGGUCUGGUUUAUUCGCGGCUGUAUAUGGGUAUUUAGUGCUUGGAAUCAAGUUCAGUAUACUCAUCCCAACGCAGCAACAUUUUGCAAGCCAUUAGUCUAUCGAUUUGUUGCGGUCUCUCUGUUCGUUCCCAUCAUACUCUUAUCUCUCUGCUGUUGCUGCCCACUAUGCAUAGCGUCAACGGCGUUUAUUGGCAUGGCAGCGGAAAAUGCUUAG